AUGUCUUGGGGAGGUUUCAAAAAGGCAAUCAACAGGGCCGGGGCUUCUGUUACAGUCAAGAGCGUAGACAAAGUCAUGGACAAGGACUAUGAUGUUGAGGAGCGAAGAUACAAAACAUUAAAGUCGGCUGGUGAGCAACUACAGAAGGCGGCCAAGGGAUACUUGGACAACAUUCGAGCUGUAACAAGGUCCCAGGUGGUGAUUGCAGAAAUCGUCUCCAACCUUUACGAAGAAUCAAAGCAAGGUGGGUCCUCUUACUCCGGUAUUGCGACUUAUUACCAGCAAAGUGUGCAAGAGUUUGAUGAAGAGACGGUGAAACAGUUGGAUGGUCCUUUCAGAGAGACCGUUUUGGACCCAAUAGUCAAAUUUGCAAAUUACUUUGUUGAGAUUGAUGAAGCUAUCAAGAAACGUGCCCAUAAAAAGACCGAUUACGAGCAAUGCAAGUCGAAAGUGCGAAGGCUUAUUGAUAAGCCAGCCAAGGAUGCAGCCAAGUUACCCAGAGUCGAGAAGGAAUUGGCCGUGGCAAAGGACAUUUAUGAGGACCUAAACGAGCAACUCAAGAACGAGUUACCCCAAUUGAUUGCUCUUCGAGUUCCGUUUUACGAUCCGUCAUUUGAAAGCUUGGUGAAGAUUCAGUUGCGAUUCUGUACUGAAGGUUAUUCACGAUUGGCCCAGGUUCAACAAUACUUGGACCCAAACUCUAGAGAUGACUAUGCAAAUGGUGUAUUGGAUGGUAAGGUUGAUGACUUGUUGGCCCAAAUGCAAACCUUGUCUAUAACUUCGUUAGCUAAAUAA